AUGUCGCUGAAUCCUCAACAUUUAGACAAGAAAGCCGUUUUCUUCAUCAUCGGUCCUUCUGGUUCAGGGAAAACUACAAUGGCCAAGUUUUUGGCGGAAAAGCUUGACUACGAUUACAUCGAGGGCGAUGAUUUGCAUCCCAAGGCAAACGUCGAGAAAAUGGGUGCAGGCCACCCGUUAAACGAUGAAGACCGUUGGGGUUGGCUUUAUAACUGUGGAGGCGCGUGCGCUUUGCAGUUGGAUAGCCCAAACGUGAAAGGAAUCGUUAUGACUUGCUCGGCUUUGAAGAAGGCCUACAGAGAUGUCCUCCGUGAAUCUUUAAAGCACCGUCCCGGAAGUGUCCAUUUCUUCUACUUGAUGGCCUCUAAAGAGGUGUUGGUUGAGAGAACCAAGGCCAGAAAGAAUCACUACAUGAAAUCCGAUAUGGUAGAUAGCCAAUUACGCGAUAUGCAAACUCCCAAGGACGAUGAAAAGGACGCCUAUACCCUAAACAUAGAAAAUUCUCCUGAAGUUUCUCAAAAGUGUGCAUAUGAUUUGGUUGAGAAAAUCAUGAAGGAUAAAGACGAGGACAUCAAGCACAAAAACUAA